GUUAGAUCAGUGAAACUGAUGCAUGCUGCAGCUUCUGGCGUUAUCUUCCGGGUGUGGGUUCCUUGAACAUCUCUAUAAAAGCAGAGCCAAACAUCUCUGUGAUGCACACUGAGUGUAACUGAGCUGUCUACGAUGAACAUCCUUUGGCAAAUCACUUGUCUGCUACUGCUGUGUUCCUGCACCCCAGGUUUCUCCACGCAUGAUGGCAUUGUUGGUGGUAAAGACUCCGUUCCACACAGUCGACCCUACAUGGUCUACAUUCGUGACAAGAUCACUGAACAAGCAUGUGGUGGUUUUUUGAUAAGAGAGGAUUAUGUGAUGACCGCUGCCCACUGCAAUAUACAUUGUCGUAAUCUCAUGGUAUAUUUGGGGGUUGACAACACCAACAACUUACCUUGCGGUAUAGAAGUAGAUGCUUUUCCACAUCCAGGAUACAAAAUUAAGAGGCCAGGCCAUGACAUCAUGCUUCUAAAGCUGAAAACCAAAGCGAUUUUGAACAAAAACGUGAGUAUUAUCUCUUUGCCGAAACCUGAGAACGAAGCGAUCUCAAAGAACUGCAUGGUCAUGGGUUGGGGCUGGAGGAAAUACGACGAAGAGUCUCCGUCAAAUGUGCUGAGAGAAGUAAACGUGACUCUGCUGGACUCUAAAAACUGUGGCACGGCUGAUACUUUGUGCAACCAGGGAUCAGUUGGACCAGCGCAGGGAGACUCUGGAGGGCCACUUGUUUGUGGAAAUUACGUACAGGGAAUUGUGGCAUUUCACAAAAAAAGCAUUUCUCUCACAGCGUACACUCAUAUUUCGCACUACUUUUCAUGGAUUCAUGACGUUAUGAAACCACCUGCUCAGCAGCAAUAUGAAACAUGGAAGGGCAAGCUGGAUAAAUUCAUUUAGUUGCCUUUCAUUUCUCUUUGGCCUUAGUUUUACACCAAUCAUGUGUGGCGCGAGCUUAAAAUAAAAGGUGAUUUGUAACCCUUUCA